AUGCCGGCCAGCAGCCCUCCUCCCAGCACCACGGCGGUGCGGGAGUGGGCCGACGAGAGCCCGCCCGUAGACUUCGUGCUGCAGCUGGGCGAUAGCAUCGAUGGGCAGAACGCGCGGCGCGGCGAGGCCGAGAGCGCCUUGCAGCAGGUGCUGGAGGUGCUGGGGCAGCUCUCGGUGCCGGUACACCACGCGUGGGGCAACCACGAGCUGUACAACUUCAGCCGGGCGCGGCUGGUGCAGACGGGGCUGUACAGCCGGGCAGGCGGCUCGGCCGGGCCCGCGGACACGGAGUGCCAUGCCUAUCACUGCAGCCCGCGCCCGCGCCUCCGCCUCGUCGUGCUCGACGCCUACGACACGAGCAUCCUGGGCACGGACCGCGGCAGCCCCCGCUACCAGGAGGCCCUGCGGCUGCUGCGGGAGAAGAACCCCAACGAUGACCUCAACAACCCCGAAGGUACCUCCGGCUUGGCAGAGGCGUGGGCGGCCGAGCCUUCGCUGUCCGGAGCUCCCGGUGCUGACAGCGGCAUGCCAGGGGCUCAAGCAUGUGCCCCAUUGCUGCCACCUCCGCCGCCUCCCUGCCGGCUCAAAGAACCUCAUUUUGUAGCAUUUAAUGGAGGAUUUAGCCAAGCCCAGCUGGACUGGUUCAAUGAAGUCCUCAAGUUCUCUGAUGAAAACCAAGAAAAAGUUAUAGUUAUGGCCGCGCCGCGCCUCGCCUUCGGGGUCAUCGCCGACAUCCAGUUCGCGGACGCGGAGGACGGGUACGACUUCGGCGGCUGCCGGCGGCGCUACUACCGGCACAGCCUGCGCUUGCUGCGGGAGGCGGUGCGGGAGUGGGCCGACGAGAGCCCGCCCGUAGACUUCGUGCUGCAGCUGGGCGAUAGCAUCGAUGGGCAGAACGCGCGGCGCGGCGAGGCCGAGAGCGCCUUGCAGCAGGUGCUGGAGGUGCUGGGGCAGCUCUCGGUGCCGGUACACCACGCGUGGGGCAACCACGAGCUGUACAACUUCAGCCGGGCGCGGCUGGUGCAGACGGGGCUGUACAGCCGGGCAGGCGGCUCGGCCGGGCCCGCGGACACGGAGUGCCAUGCCUAUCACUGCAGCCCGGGCCCGCGCCUCCGCCUCGUCGUGCUCGACGCCUACGACACGAGCAUCCUGGGCACGGACCGCGGCAGCCCCCGCUACCAGGAGGCCCUGCGGCUGCUGCGGGAGAAGAACCCCAACGAUGACCUCAACAACCCCGAAGGGCUCAAAGAACCUCAUUUUGUAGCAUUUAAUGGAGGAUUUAGCCAAGCCCAGCUGGACUGGUUCAAUGAAGUCCUCAAGUUCUCUGAUGAAAACCAAGAAAAAGUUAUAGUUAUGGCCCACGUGCCCCUUCAUCCCUCGGCUUCGAAUGGGGUUUGCCUGGCCUGGAAUUACGAGGCUGCGCUGUCGGUGAUCCACGCGCACCGGUGCGUGGUGUGCGUCCUGGCAGGGCACCUGCACGACGGCGCCUACUGCCUGGACUGGCACGGAGUUCACCACCUCACCCUGGAGGGGGUGAUCGAGACCCCGCCGGACAGCAACGCCUUCGCAACCGUCUACGUCUAUGAAGAUAAAAUGGAUGGAUAGUGGGACAUGCUUGCUGCUGCGUGGGUCCUGCUCUCCAAGAAAAAUUAGGUGAGCAGCAGAGUUGUGACAAUGCUCACAUCUGCUAGUGACAGGCUUGAAUAUGCAUCUCUCAGAAAGUAAAAGAUCCGGAGACUUUCACUGAGUUUUCUUUAAAAAAAUAGUGUUUAUUACUCAGUAAAACCAGUGACUGUCAGUUAAAGAUAAUAGCAAAAAUAAUUUUUUCAGAUAUAUUCUACAUGUGAUAUUAGCAUAGGACAGAAAUACAGACUGCUCAAUUUUCCAAUAAGUUUGAAAUGGAUUAUCCAGGCACAUUU